AACUCACGAGAGAGCUUCGUGCUUCGUUCACUAGUCACGACAACAUCGCCACGUUUGUAUCUGUGAAUUACCGCAAUGAGCUUUUUAAGGCGACUGAUUCCGCGUUCGAAAGUUGAUGUUAAAGACAAAUUUGUUUUAAUUACGGGUUGCGAUUCCGGUUUCGGUCAAGAGACAGCCGUUCGACUGGAUAAGAUGGGGGCUUGUGUGUUGGCGACUUGUUUAACGAAAGAAGGUGAACAAAGUUUGAAAUCUGUGGCGAGCGAUAGAUUGAAAACUUUCCAAAUGGAUGUGACUAGUUCGCAACAAAUUAAGGAGGUCUACGAAGAAGUUGAAAGAUAUAUUCCUUAUAACACAGGAUUGUGGGGCCUCGUAAAUAAUGCUGGAAUCGCCUAUCUGGGUCCCAUCGAAUGGACACCACUGGAACAUUUUAAACGCACCGCCGAUGUUAAUCUUUGGGGGACGAUUGACGUCACUAAAACUUUUCUACCGCUGGUGAAAAGAGCCCAGGGACGAGUUGUAAAUUUCUCAAGCGUUCUCGGUCGAGUAUCCCUUACACUAGUAGGAUCUUACACAGUAACAAAGUACGGUGUGCAAGCAUUUUCAGACGCUCUCAGACGAGAGAUGAAUCCUUGGGGAAUAAAAGUUAGCAUUGUGGAACCCGGUGGAUUCCGUACUGAAAUUACUAGCGCACGCUUAGUACAGAGACAGCUCCAAGAAGGCUGGAAUGGAUUGAAUGAUGAACUAAAACAAGAGUAUAUGGAAAAAGACAAGGUAUAAAUUGGAGGCAAAGGGAAGAAUCUAUUUCUGACUACAUGAGGUUUACUUGCUGGUGACUUCAAAAUGAUCGCAUGAGUGUUUGAGGCAGUAAAAACAACCAAGUUUCUGUAAAUAGCUUGUAAAGUUGAGUAAGUAUCUGAGCAUAGACUAAUAAAGGGUUAGAGUUUCAGAGAGCAAGGAUGGCUCAGUGGUGAUAGCACUUGCUCCCCACUGCAGCCUGGUUUCAAUUCCUGGACCUGGCAUCACAUGUGGGUUGAGUUUAUCAUUGCUUCUUGUCCAAAGGUCCUUUGUCAGGGUCCUUCCCUUUUCCUCCCUCCACAAAUAUCAACACUCCAAAUUCCAAUUUGACCUGGAAACAGUAGACAAAAAGACCCACCUACUGAAGUGGCCUUUGCUAAAUCCCAUUUUUAAAAUUAUUAAAUUAAGAGUACCUACACAAUAAAUAUUAUUACGAAACAUUACACUCACUAUGAAAAAUCUGAUUGGUCAAGAACAUGGAAUAAAUAUACAAUAGCCUGUGAAAUUGACAUGAAAACCCAAUCUCUGAAGUGGAUAUUACAAUGAUUGUUAUCCUAGCCCCUCAUCCAUGUAGUGCUCUUGCACCUUCAGCUUAAGCAGAUACAUCACACCCACAUUUUGAUAUUCUUGAUAUCAUGCUCAACCUCAUCCAAUAAUUGCUUAUUGUAAUCUGGCUAUUUGAUUACCACCUAAUUUUUUAUUGUGACCAGAAUAUUCUAGGCCCAAAUACCCCUAAGGAUACAGGGUAACUAUACUGACUUGUAUGGUUUACUGUCACUUUUCCUUAAUAUUUUGAUAAUUUGCCCAUGCAUGCAAUGAAUGCACUUUGCAAUCUUAAAAUUUUGAGACUUGGUAAUAUUUUAAAGACUGAAAACAUUGCUUUUAGACACAUAAAGUGAAGAAUUAUGAAAGUUACUGAGUCAGGGAUUCUUGCUCAAGGAGAAGGAAAAGAAAAAAAAAGGUAAUACUAUGCAGCAAACCUGAAUUUCUAAAAAAGUACAAAGGCACUAGAUUUGUUACAUCUGCAUUUAAAUUCUUUGAAGCAAAAUGUGGGAAUCUCAUUAAGUACAUCUGACCCACUAGUUCAAAGGGUGGAUAAUAUAUUAUCUACUGGGAUAUUAUCUACUGGGUAAAUCACUGUCCAGUUGAUAGUGCAGUAUGUUUUGUGAACACUUAUCCACUUGAUGGCAAUUUAUAAUUAUUUUAUAUACGUUAUGUGCCCUUGAACAACUGGACACUGCAUGAACUUUAAAGUUAACUUCAAGUUCAUAGAGUCUCCCAUGUAUAAAGCUCUCAAACCACAAUGUCAAACAGCUUUCAUUGAGCACUCAAAACUAUAGCUAUUUAAGCCUUGCUGGUUCAGGGUGACCAGCAUAUACUAGGGAGCAUUUAAGUUUGUUCUGCAAUCUGCCUCAAUAUAAUUAAGUGGAACAUUUUGCAGGGUAGAAACUGAACUCAUAAGGAUGGAUUAUUAUACCCAUGAAAUUGUUGGAACACACAGAGAAACUUUGGUUCUGCAAAAUUAUGCUCAUAGUGCAUAACUCCUGACAAAACCCUUCAUUUAUUUAGUCAAUAGGAAUGUUACCAUUUAAGUCAAGACUUGAAGGAAAAACCUCCAAGUUUCUAUUAAAAUUAUGAAAGUGUUUUGUGUUAUUAAGAUUUGUUUAGAAAAAUUGGAAAUUAAGAACCAAAUGUAAAAAACUGUAACAAGCAUUAUCAAUAAAGCCUGCAAUGCUGACUAUAAUAUCAACAUGGCAACAACCGCUUCAAAGGCAUCUACACAACUUU